AUGGACAUCCGGAUACGAAGAUCGAUGGACGUUGGUGGUCAGAUGGCGUUCGAUGGUCGUGGUGUUGGCAACAACAGUCACAAGAAAAUGAAACCAAGGUGCGUGACAUCUGAUGUAUGA